AUGCAGACAUCCGUCCAACCCCUGGCCCUUCCAUUAAAGAAGGUGGGGAUGUCCUCAAGGAGUUUCCCUCUAUCGUCCUAUUCCUCGUGGAACCACAGCGGGGAUUUAGCGUUGCAGUCUCCAGAGAUAAACCAGGUAAAAGAUAUUCAUUCAGUUAUAGAAAUAACUGUUUAUGAUGAAGACAGAGAUAAACGUUGUGAAUUUCUAGGAAAAGUUGCUAUUCCACUUCUAAAGGUUAAGAAUGGAGAAAAGAGAUGGUUUGCUUUAAAAGAUAAAAAACUAAAGGCAAGAGCCAAAGGGCAAAUUCUCUUGGAGAUGGAUAUUAUUUAUAAUCCUAUAUUCAUGAGGAAUGUCAACAGAGUGAAAAUGAUGGUGAUGGAUUUUGUUGAAAUUGCAAAAUUUCUGAAUAGUUGUUUUCAAUGGGAGUCAACUGUAAGAAGUGUUAUUUCCUUUGUGGUCUUCCUCGUCAUCACUUACACAUUUGAGUUAUAUAUGCUACCCAUUGCCCUCCUCCUAAUUUUCUUCAAAAAUUAUAUUAUCUUCGCUAUUACUGGUUUCACAACUGGUACAAAAGAUGAUGAUGAGUUUGCUGAGGAAGAUGAGGAGGAUGACGAUGACGAUAGAGAUUCCAAAAGUGAAGAAAAAAAGUCAUUAAAAGAGAAACUACAAGCUGUUCAAGAAGUAACUGCAAUGAUCCAGAAUAUACUCGGAGAAAUUGCAUCUAUGGGUGAAAGAUGUAAAAAUACAUUCAAUUUCACUGUUUCUUUCCUUUCGUGGCUGGCAAUUUUUGUUCUGAUAUCUGUCACAACUGUUCUUUAUUUCGUGCCUCUUCGAUAUCUUGUAAUGGCAUGGGGUAAGUUUAACUUUUUUAAGUAAGUAUUAGAUGAGUUUUUGUAUGCUAAAUUUUCUCUUCCUGAAAUUAUCAGUUGGUUGUCAUUAUACUCUUUAUC